CGACCUUUUCUGGUGAUCAUGUGACUGGAAAGAGGAGGAUGUGGGGAUUAGAGAUGGAGAUAUAAAAGCACAACGCAGACAACACACCUCACAGACUCAAGAAGAGAGGAGCAGCUCUGACCAGAGACUGGUGGUAGUAUCUUGGGAUACCUGUGACAACAGCAGCAAUGAACGCCAGCCCCCCUGCAGGAAGUGCUCUGGCCCCAGGUGGAGCAGUUGGACCCACCACACCCAAGAAGGGACCACCCAAGUUCAAGCAGAGGCAGACCCGCACAUUCAAGAGCAAGGCACCCAAGCCCGGCCAGAAGGGCUUUGGUGACGAUAUCCCUGGCAUGGAGGGUCUUGGCACAGACAUCACAGUGGUGUGCCCAUGGGAAGCCUUUGGCGACAUGGAGCUCAGCGACUUGGCCAAAUACGGCAUCAUUUAAACUUGCUGCCUCCUGCCUUCCCUGCCUGCCUGUACCUCUCCUCUGUCUAAUCCUCUCCGCCCUGCCUUCUCUCUACCUCUGCUCGGCACGCCAAGAUAAGGCUGCCAGCAAACCCCCUAACGCCCUCUCGUCUAUCUACCUCAUGCUUCGUUCCACUAAGUGGAUGCAAGGCAUAAUGAUGUUCUUAUUUUUAUAUUAUUAUUAUUAUAUAAUACUGCUUACAGUAUAUAUACUUGAAACGAGAGAAGACGAGAAACAGAACUCCACAUACCUUACUCCCUCUCUGUUCAUCCAUCUAUAAUAGUCCCGACACUCCCGACUUCUCCUCCCUCCCUGUUUGAACUUCCCUCUCUCCCUCUGCCACUCCAAAUCCAUGGCAAUGGACGCAAGCAAAACACUAGUUAAUACUAACUUGUAUUUGCUUCUAGCUGUCUAUUAAAAUGUAAAUAUUUUGUUCUCAGUGUUGAACCUUUUUACCUUUUCUUCUAUCCUACCUUUUGUACUUCCUCCAUCUUUUACUUUGCAUUGUAUUUUCUACUCCUUGUGCACAAGGCGACUGUAAACACCACGGGAUGCAUGGAGAGCGUGCAAUAUGCUGUAUUUCUGAAAACGACAAUGCACUUUCACAUGAUUGUGGAGGAUGAACUCCCUUCAAUCCCAUCUGUCUCUCUCCUUGCUGCUAUCUGAACCCACAGUCCUGCUUAGAGAAAACAGAUGCAUGUAUGUUUUGUGUUGCAAACACAAUGCUACAGAAAAUGUAUCGUGAUACCAUUAUGUCCUCAUAGCUGGAUUAAAAUGUGUUUAUUUUUAGUACUCAAAUUGUCUGU